AUGGACGAGAUUAUGCAUAUUGUGGUGAUUCGAGACACACUCGAUAUUCACACUAAGGAGAUUCUUGGUCGUGGUAUCAAGAGAUGGGGGCUAUAUUAUGCAGAUGACUUCAGUCCCGACAUGGCUAACAGUGUGACGCAUCCCUAUCAUAGCAAACAAAAGCAAAUUUUAGUUAUAUGA